UGUUUCCAACAAAAAGAAAUGAUAAAUGCUUUAGAUGAUCAAUUUGCUAAUUACCCUAUUUUGAUCAUUUCACCUUGUACACAUGUAUUGAAAUAUCAUACCGUAUACUGAAAAUAUGCAUAAUUAUUAAGUAUCGAUUAAAAUAAUAAUUUAAAAUAUAUAUCAGAAAAGGAUACCUAUAUGGACUGGGAGGUAAACUCACUCCUUAGAAUGUCAGCUCCAACUGGGUCCAGACUCUGCUGUAUCCCCACAAGCACCCAGCACAGUACCUGGCAUCUAAGAGAUACUCAAUAAGGGCUUAUAUUUGAACCUUUGAGCCACAGGAAGCAUCAGAUACCCUAACCACCAUACAGGGGAUAGGGGGACCUCAAAAAAUGCAAUAUGAGCAUUACGUGCGAAGACCUCAAACACAGGUAGGAAGGAACCAUCUUUGUUGAGCUUUUAUUAUGUGCUGGGCACUAUCAUGGUGCUUUAUUGUUUUAUUUACUCUUUUAAGCAACGCUAUAAAUUAGGUAUUCUUAUUUUCAUUUACAAAUGAGAAACUGAUUCAAAGAAGAUUCAAGAUUCAGAGAAGUCAAAUAGUUUUCCCAAGGCCACACUUGUUAAGAACUGGAGGAGCUAGGAUUCAAACACAGGUCUUUCUGGGUACAAAGCCUAUGUGGUUUUCUUUUCUUUUCUUUACUUUUUUUUUUUUUUUUUCUUUUUUUUCACCUCUCUGCCAAGGGACUUGCUAAAAUCUCAUUCAAAUUUAAGCAAUCUAAUUAUAUCAUUAUUUUUGCCAUCACUGUUAACAACCACCUCAUUAUUGUAAAGAUCAAUACAAAGGAGAAAAGACAUGGCCAUUUUCAUUGCUUUGUGGAAUUCUGCAGACUUCAUUGUCAAGGCUCUCCCAUGAUAGAGCAGACCUGAAAACCCCAAGCAAUGCAGUUCAUUUCCUUGGGCUGCAUGAUUAGUGACUUGGCCACUAGCUACCCAUGCACUUGCCAGGGAUUGCUGUCGAGGGCAGCCGUUUUGCUCACCCUAAUGUAAAUUCUAAUGUCAAGACCUGAGAGGUUUGAAUUCGUACAUGGUGAGGCUUCCUGUUUGAAGUUGAUCUGAGAGCUUGUUAACAUACAGAUGGCCAGGCCUCACUCCAGAGUCUGAUUCAGCAGGUCUGAGAGGACCUGAGAAGGUGCAUCUCUACCAAACCCCCAGGGGCUGCCGGUCCUUUGAGGAGCAAGGCUAAGGGAAGGACUUCCCUUUACCUUUGAGAAGCUCUGACUGGUAUUCGCACCCACUUCACAUCUCCCAUCAGUAGCCAAUCCAUCAAGCCUUCCCAAAGCCUCAGGGGUUCAGGUCUGCCCUUGGCAGGCAGAACUCCUCCCACUGACCCCUCAGUGACAUUUGACAUUAUACAUCACCCUGCCUUCUUAAAACUCUUUCGUCCAUCCCCCUGUUUCUGAGAUGGGGCCCUUCCUCCCUUCCAUCCUGGUCUCCUGCUUCUCUGAGUAAUGUCUCUCUUCCUCUCUGAUGACCUUUUCCUUUACCCACCCACCCCUUAAACUUUGGGGUGCAUGGCUGUCUUCUCACUUUCACUGGGGGAGUGGCCAUGCCAUCUCCUCCCACUUCAUCCUUCCUAUCCCAGUCACACUCUGUCUUCUGGGGGACUCCCACUAGAUUCUGUCCUUGCCAGCAACUGGCAGCCCUCCAAGGAGGCUAGUGGAGAACAGCUAACCCAGACUGACUUGGGUUCUAGGUGAUACUUCAUGUGAUACUACAUUAAUUCAUAGUAAUGCCAAUUAGGAAAUAUUCUUUAUUUCAUACACAGGCAAAACCCAAUAUUUCUUAUGACCUUGGCAAGUGGAGUGUUUCACAAUUGUGAAUUCUGGAGAAGUUACAGGCCUGGUGGAUAUAGUAUUGCCCACACAUGCAAAUCUGCCCAGCGCCUAAACAUCCGUAGUUGAAAAUAGGCAACCUAGUCAGAAAAGAGUCAAGUUUUCCCUAAAUAGGUUUCAAAGACGUAUUACCAAAAACAACAUCCCACAAAUCAUCUUUGGAUAAUUUCAUUCACUGGGUUUCUUCUUGUUGUGUAUGGGAUUAGGACAUAUCCCAUAAGUGUUGUCUUUGAAGUGGCCCUAAAUGGCUCUCUGCCUUCUGCAUUAGGUUGCUAUAUGGAGAGCCUACCAACUUAAGCUAUGGGCACACACUGCCAUAGUUUUUAACCCUGGUUCAACCUCAGAUCUGGUUUAGUAAAUCGCUGUUCCCUGGAGAUUAAUACAUGGCUGCAAAGGCAUUGUCCUUGCAGUGUUUUUCAGCCCGGGCAGGGUGAGAUGUGUCUAGGAUGUGAGGUUUCAGCGUACGGAGAUGAAUGGGGGAAGGGGACGCAAUGUCACAUUUUUGGGGUGCUCUAGUCCUGCUAUAUGAGGGCACAUGCUCUACGCCAGUCUGUGUCCACCCUCCUGCCCGGGCUGGAGGGGUUGGCACGGUCGGCGUUUCUGAUUCCUUCCUCUGCUGUUGGCCAUAGACUAGGAAUAAGGGAGGUGAGAAGAGAGCCACGGGGGUGCGGUGCUGAGCAGCUGCGGUCGGUCUAGCCUGUUGGUGAUGUGCGGAGCCCGCCGCCACUCUGGGCAUGGGUAACGCGCAGCCCCAGCGGUCGCGCUACGGGAGAAGGAAACACAGAGGUACAAGAAAUCCGGAUCCGGGAUCCUCCGCAGCCUCCAGCUUGUCUAAGCUCACAGGCCGGGCUUUGUGGCCGGCUCCCGCGCACCACCGAGUUUGGGGCUGGGGACUGAGUCCUGCAGCUCACUGCGGCUGGCGGCAGGGGACGGAUUAUUUUUAGCAGGUUCCCUUUAGCCCUGUGGAGCUAGGAGAUGCUCGCGGAGCCAGGCGGCUGUCCGCGGAGCAUUGGUGCAGCCGUGCCUUGCUGCCCGGGAGGUUUGGCUGCCGCAGUCCUCUCCAUUCACUGAGCUGUAAAUCGAAGCUGUCUACACCGGCAAGGCUCUCGAUCCUAGCGUGGCCCCAGGGCUACGUCCCGCCCAGGUCUCCCGGCACCUGAUUUCCCAGUGGUCAAUUAGGUGUCUCAGCCUGCAGCAUUGAAGCAGUGGAGGGGCCAAUGCCCCUGCUUUGAUGGAGCACGCCGUGCGCAGAGACCUCCCCAGUCGACUUCCUCAUCAGAAGGCAGCAUCCAUUCAUAAUUCUCUGCCUGUGGACCGAGUUAGGCUGGAACUGGGCAUGGACUCCUGAGAUCUCUCUUUUUGCGUCUGAAGGAGAAACUAAGAUAAAAGGGAAAAGGAAGGGGGAAUGCAGUCCUAACGCAACAAGGCACUGGAAAGUCCCCGAGAAGCCUCUCUUUUGCGGGGAGAGGGAGAAGAGGCAGAUUCCGAGCCCAGCGCCCCAGCCAGCUGCUGCUUCGCUGCGGAGCCGGCACGCAUGCCUACCUCACCUGACGGCCGCAUUCCCGGGGAGCCGGCGCGGGGCCCGGCGGCGCGCCCAGGGCGCACCGGCGGUAGGAUUUCUGCACCAGGGGAACGAUGCACGGGCGGGCUGCCCAGGGCCGAGCCUGAACCUGAGCGGGCGCCGGGGGAGGCUAACCUCGGCGUGGCGCCCCACCGCAACCCUCCGGGAUGCUCCACGACUCGCAGCCCAGGCCACGCGGCCGUCUCCAACCUGGACAUCGAGAGUAAGCUGAGUGUGUACUACCGCGCCCCGUGGCACCAGCAGCGCAACAUCUUCCUCCCGGCCACAAGGCCACCCUGCGUGGAGGAGCUGCACCGCCAUGCCCGGCAGAGCCUGCAAGCCCUGCGCAGAGAACACCGGAGCCGGAGCGAUCGCCGAGAGCAAAGAGCAGCUGCCCCCCUUUCCAUUGCAGCUCCUCCACUGCCAGCCUACCCUCCAGCUCACAGCCAGAGGAGGCGUGAGGUUAAGGACCGUCACUUUUUAACGUUUAACAGCACCCGUUCGCCCUCCCCCACUGAGUGUUGCCACAUGACCCCAUGGAGUAGAAAGUCCCAUCCCCCAGAGGAUGAAGAUACAGAUGUCAUGUUAGGGCAGAGGCCGAAAAACCCAAUACACAAUAUCCCUUCUACACUGGACAAGCAGACCAACUGGAGCAAAGCACUACCUCUCCCAACGCCAGAGGAGAAGAUGAAACAAGAUGCCCAAGUGAUUUCUUCUUGCAUUAUUCCCAUCAAUGUCACUGGAGUUGGCUUUGACAGAGAGGCUAGUAUACGCUGCUCUCUGGUUCAUUCACAAUCGGUACUACAGCGGAGACGAAAAUUGAGGAGGAGGAAAACCAUCUCGGGUAUUCCCAGAAGAGUUCAACAAGAAAUAGAUUCUGAUGAAUCACCAGUGGCCAGGGAAAGAAAUGUGAUUGUGCACACAAACCCAGACCCCUCCAACACUGUCAAUAGGAGAUCCGGAACCAGGGACUCUGAGUGCCAAACCGAGGAUAUUCUGAUUGCUGCCCCAUCCAGAAGGAGAAUCAGAGCUCAAAGGGGUCAAAGCAUUGCAGCUUCCCUUUCUCAUUCUGCUGGCAACAUUUCUGCCCUAGCAGACAAAGGUGACACCAUGUUUACUCCUGCAGCGAGCAGCCGCACAAGAUCUCGGAGCCUUCCCCGGGAAGGUAAUAGAGGUGGGGAUGCUGAGCCCAAAGUUGGUGCUAAACCCUCAGCUUAUGAAGAGGGAGAGUCUUUUGUGGGUGACCAUGAAAGAACCCCUAAUGAUUGCAGUGAGGCUCCAAGCAGCCCGAGUGCCCAGGACCACCAGCCUACUUUGGGCCUAGCCUGCUCUCAACAUCUCCACAGCCCCCAGCACAAAUUAAGUGAGAGGGGAAGGUCACGUCUGUCCCGAAUGGCUGCUGACUCCGGCAGCUGUGACAUCUCCUCCAACUCAGACACCUUUGGGAGCCCCAUCCACUGCAUCUCCACGGCUGGCGUCCUCCUUAGCAGCCACAUGGACCAGAAAGAUGACCACCAGUCAUCCAGCGGCAACUGGAGUGGAAGCAGCUCCACAUGCCCCUCACAGACCUCAGAAACCAUCCCUCCUGCAGCUUCUCCUCCACUUACUGGCUCUUCGCACUGUGACUCGGAGUUGUCACUAAACACAGCCCCUCAUGCCAAUGAGGAUGCCAGUGUUUUCAUGACAGAACAAUACAAUGACCACUUGGAUAAAGUGAGAGGCCAUCGGGCAAACUCCUUUACCUCCACUGUUGUAGACCUGCUGGAUGAUCCCAACAACAGCAACACAAGUGACAGUGAGUGGAAUUACCUACACCACCACCAUGAUGCCUCCUGCCGCCAGGAUUUUAGUCCUGAGCGUCCCAAGGCAGACAGCCUGGGCUGCCCAAGCUUCACAAGCGUGGCCACUUAUGACAGCUUUCUGGAAAAGUCUCCAUCAGAUAAAGCGGACACUAGCUCUCACUUUUCAGUAGACACGGAAGGAUACUAUACGUCCAUGCACUUUGACUGUGGUCUCAAAGGUAGUAAGAGCUAUGUCUGUCACUAUGCAGCCCUGGGCCCAGAGAAUGGCCAGGGUGUAGGGGCUUCCCCUGGUCUUCCAGAUUGUGCCUGGCAGGACUACUUAGACCACAAGAGGCAGGGAAGACCAAGCAUCUCUUUCAGGAAACCAAAGGCAAAGCCGACUCCACCUAAACGUAGCUCAUCAUUGAGGAAGUCUGAUGGAAACGUAGAUAUUUCUGAGAAGAAAGAACCAAAGAUAAGCAGUGGUCAGCACCUGCCUCACAGUUCCAGGGAAAUGAAGCUGCCUCUUGAUUUCGCCAACACGCCUUCUCGAAUGGAAAAUGCCAGUCUUCCCACCAAGCAGGAACCUUCUUGGAUAAACCAGAGUGAACAUGACAUUAAGGAACCUCAGUUAGACACUUCGGAUAUCCCACCAUUCAAAGAUGAAGGUGCCGAAUCCACGCACUAUGCAGACCUCUGGCUCCUAAAUGACUUGAAAACAAAUGAUCCUUAUAGAUCUCUAUCUAAUUCAAGCACCGCUACGGGUACCACAGUCAUUGAAUGCAUCAAAUCUCCAGAGAGCUCUGAAUCCCAAACAUCGCAAUCAGAAUCAAGAGCCACUACCCCAUCUCUUCCUUCUGUUGACAAUGAGUUUAAACUGGCUUCACCAGAAAAGCUGGCUGGCUUGGCAUCUCCAUCAAGUGGCUACUCAAGCCAGUCUGAAACGCCAACAUCCUCUUUCCCUACAGCUUUCUUUUCAGGUCCAUUGUCUCCCGGAGGUAGCAAAAGAAAACCUAAAGUCCCAGAAAGAAAAUCCUCACUACAGCAACCCUCUUUAAAAGAUGGAACUAUAUCACUGAGUAAAGACCUUGAACUUCCAAUUAUACCUCCUACCCAUCUUGAUCUAAGUGCUCUUCAUAAUGUCUUGAACAAACCAUUCCACCACCGUCAUCCAUUGCAUGUUUUUACUCAUAAUAAGCAGAACACAGUAGGAGAAACACUGAGGUCAAAUCCUCCACCGUCCCUUGCAAUUACACCAACGAUCCUGAAAUCUGUUAACCUUAGGUCCAUUAACAAGUCUGAAGAAGUUAAGCAAAAAGAAGAAAAUAAUACAGAUCUCCCUUAUUUAGAGGAAAGCACACUCACAACGGCUGCCUUGUCUCCGGGUAAGAUUAGGCCGCAUACAGCAAAUAAAUCAGUAUCUCGUCAGUACUCCACUGAAGACACCAUACUGUCCUUUUUAGACUCUUCUGCAGUUGAGAUAGGACCAGCUAAACUACAUUUAGAAAAAAAUCCUACUUUUGAUGUGAAGAAUCGCUGCGAUCCAGAAACUAUAACCUCAGCUGGUAGCAGUCUUCUAGAUUCAAAUGUCACAAAAGGCCAAGUGCAUACAGAGACUGAGCCUAUUGCAGAAAACACACCAUCCAAAAACUGUGCUUUUCCCACAGAAGGAUUUCAAAGGGGCUCUGCUGCCCGCCCAAAUGAUUUGGAUGAUAAAAUAAUACAAUAUGGAGCUGGUCCAGAUGAAACCCUAGAACAGGUACAGAAGGCACACUCUGCAGGUGGGGAGGAAGUUGCACAACCUGAAUCUGUGGAUGUAAUCACAUCUCAGUCAAACUCACCAACUAGAGCAACAGCUGUAAGCAAUCAACUUAAGCAUCAAUUUAUUAUGAGCCGCCACCACAACAAAGUGCCUGGUACUAUCAGCUAUGAAUUGGAGAUAACACCUGUAAAUUCAUUCCCUGAAAAAUGUUCCAAGCAGGAAAAUAUUGCUUCAGGUAUUUCAGCCAAAAGUGCCUCUGAUAACAGCAAAGCAGAGGAGACCCAAGGAAAUGUGGAUGAGGCUUCAUUGAAAGAAUCAUCACCGAGUGAUGACUCCAUCAUUUCACCACUUAGUGAAGACUCCCAAGCUGAAGCAGAGGGUGUGUUCGUGUCCCCAAACAAACCUCGAACAACUGAGGAUUUAUUUGCAGUCAUUCACAGAUCCAAGAGGAAAGUACUGGGAAGAAAAGAUUCCGGGGACAUGUCUGUUCGAAGCAAAUCGAGAGUUCCUCUCGGCAGUAGCAGCAGCAGCGCCAGUUCCAUCACUUCACCCAGCAGCAAUGUGACAACCCCAAACAGCCAGAGGUCUCCUGGUCUCAUAUACCGAAAUGCCAAAAAGUCCAACACAUCCAAUGAAGAGUUUAAGCUGUUACUGCUCAAGAAAGGCAGCCGCUCAGAUUCCAGUUACCGCAUGUCUGCCACUGAGAUCCUGAAGAGUCCCAUCCUGCCCAAACCUCCUGGGGAGCUCACAACAGAGUCCCCUCAGAGCACUGAUGAUGCCCAUCAGGGGUCACAAGGGACUGAAGCAUUGUCCCCACUCUCUCCAUGCUCCCCACGAGUUAAUGCAGAAGGCUUUUCCUCGAAGAGCUUUGCCACCUCAGCAUCAGCAAGGGUUGGACGUUCUCGGGCCCCUCCUGCAGCCAGCAGCAGUCGCUACAGUGUCCGCUGCCGGUUGUACAACACGCCCAUGCAGGCGAUCUCCGAGGGAGAGACGGAAAAUUCUGACGGGAGCCCACAUGACGACCGUUCCUCCCAGAGUUCAACAUAGAGUGCCUGUACCAGGCUGCCUGGCAAAGGCCAAAACCCUUACUCACAUGAGGAUGAAGGAACAGAAUAGAGGACUUGGGAAAAGUCUCAACUUAAUGGGGUAGCAUCACUGCUAAGCAAUGAAUGAAUUUCUAAAUACAGUAUGUGCUGGGUAAACAGAAAGUGGUUUAGACAUUCUUGAUUAGUUUCCAUGUUUUAAGUAGCUGCAGUCUUUCAUGUUUUUCUUUAGCAUAGUUUGAUUUAUGCAAUCUCCUUCCUUGCAAAAAUAGACGAUACAAAAAUGUCUAAUUUUCAUGACACCUAGAAAACGUUUUCCCAGAGCUGCCUAUUCAGAAAAUAAAGCCCUCACUGUCAUUAUUCUUUAAGAAGAUAAAAUUACUCUGGAGGUUUGGUAUUUUUUUACAUUAAACUAAAGCAAAAUUUAGAAGAAAGAACUACACAUAUGUAAAUACCAUAUUUUUGAUAAAAAUGUGUAAAUAGAUUUAUCAAUGAUGAGUGGACAUGUGGUCAAUUAUCUACUGCACACCAACUGUUUAUAGAAUACACAAAAAUAAAAUGUAAUAACUGUAUUCUGUGAAUACCAUUUUCAUAUCAAAUGCCAUAUUUAAAUGUCCACCAAUAUGAUUUCUGAGUGGUAAACCUCAAAUAUGAAUUUUAAACUGGUGAACUAAAGGAAAUCUUGAGGUCAUAUACUGAAAUAUGAAUAAUUUAAAAUAAUGAAUUCAGAUCUAAACAUGUUUGUGACAAAUUGCAGCACCAAACAAGCUAAUAGCAACCCAUGGCUGUGAUUUGUUGUGUGGUAAUUUGGACAGAAUGAAAAGCAUGCUUUUGAUUUUUUUUUUUAAUCAAUGAGAGAAGUCAUCAUUCUCAACACAAAGCCCUGAACAACAGCAUCUGACAGUGUCCUUUAGAUUUUAAUUUUUUCAAUGGAUUGCUUUAAAGAGAAUGAGUAGGGAAAACAGUAGUUAAUUUUAGGUUAUGUUUUAUAUUAGGCUACUGGGGACAUAAACAGUCAUAACUAAUGACUAUAAUCGUUAAACUCCUUAAAGAGUUUAGAAAUUAGCUCCACAUUCUUAAACUAACAAAAAUAAAACCUAAGCAUGCCACAGAGCUAUUGAUUAAUCAGUAAGUACCUGUAAUGAGUUUUCAGUGAAGCUUUCUCUCUGUGCUGAUGAGAUUCAUGCUACCUAAAAAUUAACAGAAAUGACACUGUGAACAAUAUAGUUGGAAAAUAGGUAUGUGUAUAUGCAUUAUUUAUAUUCAUUGUUAAACUGGGAAUGGGGAACAGCUCUGGUUCACAAUACUACAUACAACUGAGUUUUUGUCUGGUUUUACUAUAGUGUCUGCUUGAUGGCAAAAGGGGAGGGUGGUGGGUGGGAGAGGAAAUGUCAGGGCAGGUGCUCUGAUAAAAUAAAGGCAGGGAAACAAGCUGAAUUACUUGAAAUUACUUGAAUUUUCUUGUCUUAAAACUGAAAAAAAAUGUAGUUACAAGUUAAAAUCUGCAAAUGGUUUUUACAGCUCUGAUUUUAACAUGAACUGAUACUAAUGUUUGGAAUCUUGUGUCAGAAAUACAAGCAGCUAGAAUAGGUUUUGAAUGGGAGAGGUAGAACGUAGAGAGAAUUAAGAAGGGAUCUGACUUAUAAAAGACUAGAAUGUGAUUAGAAUGAUAGAACAUACCAAGGUUACCAAGAAAUUGACAAGCUGCUGGCUUUAAGCUUAUGCAAGUGGUAGUUGGGAAAGUAGGAGGUGUGGAAGGGGGUUUGCGUUUCGGAAUAAUUCAUGCAAAAUGAAGGAGGAAGCCUGGUCUAAGAAGAUACUGUCUUUCAAUAGAAAUGAUUUCUAAACUGCUACAGACUAAGAAUGGAUAAUCUGAUUGCUGUUGUUUUGUUUGUUUGGAAAGAAAAAAUAAUGUCUGGCUUCUUCUACUAUUUGUUUUCACUAACAAACUGUGUUACUAAAUUUCUUGUCAUCCUUGUAUGUAAAAUGGGUGCUGGGGGUGGAGGGGUAUAAGAGGAGGGAGAGUCAGAGUGUGUGUGUGUGUGUGCGAGUGUGAGUGUGUGUGUGCACACACACACACUGGGGAUAGAUAAGCUACCUGGUAAAGGGUUUGAACAUUUACAAAGUGUUAUACAUUUUCUUAAAAGAAAAAUGUUUUAGGGUUUGAAUAAAAUGGACCAUCAUUUCUCAUUGGAACCCAUUAAUUAAGAAAACCAGCAUGGUUUGACACCACAUGGGAAUAUGAAUAAAUCUGUCUCAUGAUUUGAAAAGUACACUUUGCAAAGUUUUAAAAAUAAAAUUUUUAGGCAAAUGCGAUAAGAAACCAUCAUUUCCAGUCACAGUAGGUGAUCUUUUGUAAUUUCAUAAAAGCAGUUCGUUUGCAGUAUGGCUUUUGUGUAGUUAGGGGUUUUUUAAGCGUGAAGAAAGGUAUGUGGGCUUUAAAAGUGAUUCUAAAUCUUGAAUAGAAAAUACAUGAAUUGGCUUUAAUAAAAAUGUCACCUUUUUAUUAUUGACAUUAAUUUAAGUAAUGGUACCAUAUAUUUUUUAAAAUACAUAUUGACUUGAAUUGUGAGGCAAUAAGAUACCUUCUAUAUGUAAUGAUCACAGAACUAACCCUUAUAAUAUAGUUUUACUUAUUUUGUUUACUCUAAAAAUCUAUAACAGAGUUUCUCUAUUUUAUAUUUCAUAGAUUUAAAAAAACCCAAAUAAAGAUGGAUUUAAAAAUUCACUGUGGAAAAGAGUAUUGAGUUACAAACUGAGAAGAAAAAGCAGGAAGUUCCUUAAUAAUCUGGAAUAUUCUACAUGACUUGAUUACAUAGCAAACAAGACCAAGAUUUAGGGCUGUCUUUAACAUCACUGCCGUCUUGAAGCAGGGUACACACGUUAGGUAUUGUGAAGAACAUCAAUCCGAACUUUUCUUCUGUUGUUUGCACUGAUGCGAUUUUUUGUUCUUUUAUGUUUAUACAACGUAUCUAUGUUGUGUAGGGGAAUUUUUUUUCAUUUUUAAAAAAUUCUACUUUGAUUUUGUUGUUGUUAUUUUGUUUUGUUUUUGGCUAAGUAGAGGACAUGGACUAGUUGUAGCAAACAAAACAUGCUGUUUGCUCUUGCCAAAGGUCAGUGAGUGAGUACAUUUGCUGCAGUGGUGGCACGUAGAGAACUAGAUGGUAAUAAAGAUUUAAAACUAUGAAGAAGGUUACAGUGUAACUAUUUUGGUACUAGAACCAGUUCAUGCUGGCCGAAACGACAAUGGUUUAUGGACUUGCAUCCAUUUUGUAUUUUUGUAAUAUUUGUAAAUAUGAACUUUUUAAAUUGCUGCAAAGAUGGUUUCUUUUGUAAGAUGUUUUCAGCGUUUACAUUCAAUCCAAGCCUUUGUAUAUUUUAGAGCUGUGCAACACUUUAAGUCUUGUAUUUAUUUUUAGUAAAAACGGUGACAGUUUCAUUGUGAACCCCUCUCAAAAAAAUGUAUCAGAAAAGUUUGAUUACCUAGAAAGUGUGUAUAGAAACUGCAAAUAAAUGUGACUGCAAUUAAA